AAAGAAAUUGUCAAUUAAUAAAAAAAAGUAUAUCAAAAAUUCCAAACAUUAAACCUUUGAACUUGGAAUAAUCCAUGGUGUUCUCCAUCUUCAACCCAUUCUUCUGUUUCCUCUUUCUCUUAUUCUUUCAACCCUUUCAUGUUGUGGUGGCUGAAAAUGGUUCAUUUCGACGACCCUUUUCAAACCACAAAAGGUCUGUCCUUUUCAACUGUAGAGAUUUGGUGUUGAAGUCAAAGUGUUCUCAGAACUCCAAAUGCAGCUGGUGCACCAGUCAAGUUCUUGAUGACACUUGCUUCUCUAAAUCUGAAGCUUUAAGGUUGCCUCAUCAGGUUUUCUCUUGUUCCGAUUCAGAUGUGGAGAAGAAUAAUUCCUCCAAAUCAAAGGCAGAAGCAACCACAUCGUCUUCACCUUAUCAUCAUAAUCCAUCCGAAUUAGACUUUGUAGAUGGAACAAUUGAGAAGCCAAUCGAGUCAUCUGAAAAAAACUAUGUUUGUGAGAAAACUGACUCUAUGGUCACCACAUGGAUCAUCAACUCCAUAGAUACAUCCAUGCACAACAGUGUAUCACAAUCACAUGCUGCAACAACCAGAGACGAGGAUUGGCUAGACGAGGAAGAAAGAUCCGCUCAAACAAACGCACAGCGUAUCCACCGAUUAUGGAGGACUCUGAGUUUAAUUCAGCAAGAAUCCAAGAUGACGGUAACUGAAUACUACAACAGGUUUAAACGUCUCCCCGAUGAGCUAUGUGAGCAACAAUCACUUCUUAAAUGGAAAUGUGAAGCUGGUAAACAGAUUAUGCAGAGAGAAGACGAAGACAGUCGCGUCCUUCUAUUUCUUAGUGGCCUUGAUGGAUUUCUUUAUGCUGACAUCAAAAGAACCAUUGUAAAUAUUGAUCCACUUCCUUCCCUUAAAGAAGCUUUCAAUUACGUAUUGAGGGAAGAAGCAAGGAUCAAUGCAGAUAUUAUAAGGGAAGUGAAGCAACAAAAAAGUUCUGGUUUUCAUUCAUUCAAACAGAAAAGUAGUGAUGAUAUCAGGACUGAAUGCGACGAUUGUGAAACAAUUGGAUUACAAGAUGGAUCCGAAUUUUUCGAUUAGUAAGGGUAUUAAAAAUAUGUCAAUGAUAAAAAAAUAAUACAAGAUCAAAAACCAAUUAUUAGAUACUAAAAAGUCUAGACUACAAAAAAAAUAUUAAAGACAUACCUGAAGAAAUAGACAUAACAUAUGUUUAGAAAUUCGUCCAACCAUCUAUUAUCGGUUAUUGCAUUGAGAGCGAUCUAAUGUGAAAAAACAAAAGUUACAAAAUGAAAUUUCUCUGCUGUCGUA